AUGUGCCUCGAUAUCUACUGGAUCAGCCUUCUUGUCCUUGUUCCGCUGGUGGCAUUCGUUACAGGACGCGAUUUCAUCAUACGACCCUUCCAUAAAAAGUUGGUCGAAAAGCCAAUGACAUGGACGCCCGACGAAGAUGCCAGGAAGUUCCGUUGGACCUUUCUGCAGGUCUACCUUGUCGUGAUGGGAUCUGAAUGGCUUCAGGGACCAUAUCUAUUCUCGCUCUUCCGAAACGAGAAGGGGCUCGACGAAGCUACUAUCGCCACGCUCUACAUAUGCACAUACGUGUCUGCAGCCAUCUCCGCUUUCUUCACCGGAUACGUGACGGACAGGUUCGGCCGGAGGGCAGCCUGCUUGGUCUUUUGCGGCAUCCACUCCCUUGCCUCAGCCUCGGUCUGCUUCGACAAGCUGGAGGUCUUGAUUUUGGGCCGGAUCUUGAGUGGCAUCGGUCUAACCCUGCUCUGGACCGCAUUCGAAUCCUGGAUGAUAGCAGAGUACAAUGCCCGUGGACUGGACCAGAGCUCGCUCCAGUUGAGCAACAUGUUCGGGAUCAUGACGACAUAUAACUGUAUCACAGCAAUCCUGGCUGGUGUGUCGGGCCAUUGCAUCGUUUUGGCGUUGGGGUCCAAGACUGAUCCUUUCAUGGUUGGACUGGCCCUGGAUCUGUGUGUUGCAAUACUCAUGCUAUAUACCUGGAACGAGAACCGAGGCCUUUCCACGUCCAGCAAAGGCACAGCUGAUGUUCACGACGAGGAAGCGAUCAGAACACAGGCCUCUGUCGACUCGGACCAAGCGAUGGCAUUGGCGUCCUUGACAGAUGUGAGGGUGUGGGUCUUGAGCUUCAUCACUUGCUGUUUUGAGGGGACCAUUUUUCUGCUCAUGUUCUUCUGGCCGGGGACGCUUCAAGAGGCCCACGACCGAGACCAUCCGGAGAGCAGGGAUGCCAUCCCGCACGGUGUCAUAUUCGCUGCGUUCAUGGCAAUCAUGGUUCUUGGUGCUCUGCUCUUCAACUACCUGACAACCAACUCGGGCGGCAGAGGAAAGGGGCACCUGGUUCGAUUCUUCAACCCGACUCGACUUCUCUCCAUCGCACUCCUGCUGAGCGCCGUCAGCUUCCUGGUCGCGGCACUGACCAGCACCGAAUCACACCUUUUCGGAGCAUUCCUGCUUCUCGAAGCCUGCAACGGCAUCUAUGUGCCCAGCGUCGCAUACCACCGCGGUGUGAUCGUCAACGAAGCAGGCAGGGCGAGCGUUUACGGUCUCAUGAAUAUUCCUCUGUUCAUCUUCGUCGUCGUCGCCCUGUGGUCGACAGGAGGGAGCCGAGAGGAUCACAGACAGAUUGUGUUCAUACUCUGUGCCGCUUUGCUCCUGGCAGCCGCUUUGAUGAGUUCGUUUGGUCUUGACAUGGCUAGGAGCCCUGCUGGAUUUUCUGAGGUUGCUCAAACUAACGCAGAGGACGUCAAGGCGGAAGUCGAUGGUGAUGCUGUUGAAGUGUCGGAUAUGGGCUAG